UUGUGUGCUAAGAUGGCGGACCGGCGACGACGAAGGAGGCGCGCGUCUCAGGAUAGCGAGGAUGAGGAUGAGUCUGCGUCCGGGUCGGACAGCGGAAGAUCGGCUUCCCCCAGCGGGAAGAGCCGCGCUCGAGUCCCCGAACCGGGAGAGCCUCCAGCUGGGCGCGUAGGCGCGAAAACCGACGUCGAAUCCGAGUGUGAAAGUGAAGAUGGUGUAGGUGAAGCUGUCCUUUCUGACUAUGACAGUGCUGAUCCGGAGGAGAACGGCUCACGCUCGGAGGGAGGAGAGGAUGAGGAGGAGGAGGGUGAACACUUCAGUGAUGAAGAUGCUGCACAGCCAGUUACAGAGCAGAAAGCAGCAGUUGAUGCUCCCGCUGAAGGUUUAGGAGAGGGGGAGGAGGAGGAAAGAGAGAUGAGAGAAAUGAAAGAAGUGAAAGCUGAUGAGAAGGGAAACUUGGCUGGAGAGAGGCAGAGUGGAGAUGGUCAGGAGAGCACGGAUGAUCCUGAGAAUAAGUCGGCAAAUAAAGCUGGUCAGAAGUUGGAUGAUGAUGAGGACCGGAAGAAUCCAGCAUACAUCCCCCGGAAGGGCCUGUUUUUUGAGCAUGAUGUGAGAGGCCAGGCUCAGGAUGAAGAGAGGCCUAAGGGCAGACAUAGGAAGUUGUGGAAAGAUGAGGGUCGCUGGGAGCAUGAUAAGUUCCGUGAAGAGGAGCAGGCCCCUAAAUCACGUGAGGAGCUGAUUGCUGUUUACGGCUACGACAUUCGUAAUGGCAACGGCCCCAGUGACACCAGACCAUUCAAACCACGGAAGCCCAGGUAUCCUGGCCCACUAAACCAAGAGUCCAAGCGUUACAGGGAUGGUGAGAAGCCCCCCCGCUCCUCCUGGCAUGGUGCACCUCCCAGUGCCCGCAGUGCCCCGCCUGUGACCGUAACUUCCCAGUCAGUUCCUGCUGCUCCUCGUCCCCAGAAUAGGCCCUCCACCCAGCCCCCUGCACGCACCUUCCAGAGCAGCCGUCGGCCUGAAAUCAGAAGCCACCUUAAAGCCACCACACGAUCCCAGGCUUCUGAGAACGAGAGGGCACCCAGACUCCGGGGCCGAGGUUCUCAUGGACCCCCUCACCAUGCCCAGCGCAGCCUACAAGAGGAUGAAGAAGAGGAAGGAGAGAUCCCCACUGUAGCCACCACUUACACUGCCCAUUACUACAAAAUUGAGCAGGAGACAGCCUCUUCAUCACAGCAAAAGGGGGAGUGUGGAACAGCGGAGGAGCAGCAGUCGAGCACACCUAGCACAGUAAGGGAGGUGUCUCCACCUCCUGAGAAGCCAGUGGAGAAAAAAUCAUACUCUCUGGCGCGUAGGAGCCGAGCCAGACCCUCGGACCUUAGCAAGCAGGCCUCGCUGGAAGAAGCAGUGCCCACCCCACAGGUUAUGCCCACUGCUGCCAAGAGUGAAUCAUGGCAGGGACCGGGUGAGACGGGCACACAGAGUGGCCUGUCAAGGCUUGAUCAGGAUCUGGCCCAUCUCAGUCUAGCGGGGCAAAGCUGGACCCAGAGUCCACCCUCAUACCUCCGGCCUGAGAUGAGGGGCAUCUCUAGUUCUAUACAUAUGGCUGGUGGACCUCCUCAAUAUGGCAACAUGGAGGACAUGGGUGUUGGUGGUGGCCGGGCUAAGCGGUAUUCGUCUCAGAGGCAGAGGCCGGUGCCUGAACCAGCGCCAAUGCACAUAGGGCUCAUGGAGGGCCACUAUUAUGACCCCAUGUCAUUCCAGGGACCAAUCUAUACACAUGGUGACAGUCCUGCUGCCAUGCCACCACAGGGGCUGCUGGUACAACCAGAGAUGCAUCUGCCCCACCCCACACACCCCGGCUUGCAUCCACACCAGUCAGGAGGACCGAUUCCAAACCCUGCGCUUUAUGCUGCUCCACCCGUUUCUCUGUCUCCUGGACAACCACCCCCGCAGCAACUGCUACCCCCACCCUUCUACCCCCCACCUGGAGUCAUGACGUUUAGCAACACCAACUACCCUUACCCAGCUGGAGCUACCCUACCCCCCAUGUACCCCAAUGCACAGGCUCAGUCACAGGUGUAUGGUGGAGUGACGUAUUUUGACACGGUACAGCAGCAGGCUCAACCUAAACCUUCUCCACCACGCCGCACUUCACAGCCAGUCACAGUAAAGCCUCCCCCGCCAGAGGACCAGAGCAGGAAGCCUAGUGAGGAGGUGCGCUCCUAGCUGCUGCUGAAAGGAGUGACCAGGACCAGAACCCCUUGUGGAUGAAUAUAAUUUUCACUUUGUUACAUCACUUUUUAAAAAAAAAAAACACACAAAACAUGUAUGAUUUUAUCCAUUUUGUCAAGCAUGUCCACAUUCGCCCUCAUGCAAGGCCCUCCUUGUGAGGUCAUAUCUUGAUCAUAUUUUUCAUUACCUUAUCUAUUUGCUGUGUGUUCCUUCACUCUCAUCAAGGUAUGUAUUAGUUCCUGAAGAAAAUGUACUGUAAAAUGUCAAGCUGAUACAGAAAGGGGUUUCGCUGCUAGUAAUCAUCAUCAUCAUCAUCAUCAUCAUGGUCAAGAAAUGUCACUACUUGUAUUAAUAAUCCAGGCCAUUAUUUUAUAUGGGAAAGGCAGAUAAAUGCGAUUACAAACAUUUCAUUUUUGUACAGCAUGUUGGAUGUGUUGGAGAAGAACACAUGUCCAAGGCUAUUUAGAUCAGUGUUUUCCAGAUAUGCAAUAUGUAUUUGUUGCAAAUUGGACCUGCAUGAUGAUGAUUAUCUGGUGGAAUUUUUAACCACAGUACUCCAGUUUGUGUUUCUAAAGAAUGCAACAUGAAAGCAGAUCGGCGCCAAAUAGUAACUCAUUAGGACGAUCAUUUAACGUUGAAUUUAAAUAUUGCAUGUAGCAUCUUCAGUUUAACAUUCACAUUCAGCAUUAGAGGGCACUUUGUUUGGCCUGGCAGUCUAUGCAUCUCCAUUCCCCCCCCAUGUCUAUGUGAAUGUUGAUUAUUAACUAAAAUAAGGCAAUAUAUUUCAGCUGUAGUGCAGUUUCCAGACCAGUCAAUGAGAGGGUAUUGAGCUGUGUUAUGAUUCAUGAUAGUGGAUAAACUAAUUGACCAAAACUUUUUGGCAUCCCAGCCGUCAGUGCUGAAAUACAGAGCCACAGAUUGAAAGAGCUCCUUUUCUGUAGUCAACACAAAGUACAUGCACAUGCAAUUUCCAUGGAAAUGUGAUGGUGCACCUUUUAAGGGCUGAAAGAAAGGCAGUGAAUUCUAUGUAGGACUGUUCUAAUGGCAAGUUUAAACAGUUAUUGGCGGUAAUGUUUUUUUUUUUUUUUUUUUUUUUUUAAAUUCAGUAGUAGUCUGCUCAUAGGUUUUAAUGCAUUUUUUUAACUCUAAAUCAACAGUGCUGAUUUUCAAGUGCUCAAGCAGUGUAGUUUCUGUAAAGGUGCUAGUCUCUUGUGUGUAGUGAAGUGUGAACUCUUCACUCUUCCCCACAUCAAUGGCACAUGCCUGAUCUCUACAUCUUUGACUUUGUUCGGUGUUGGAUACAAUACUGUAAUAACAGUUUCAAGUUAAGAUGAUUUUACGUAGUAGAGUGUUCUGUGUGAUGCUCGCUCAACCAUUUAACAGUACACUUUGUGCUUUGAUGUUCUGGGGGAAACUCAGCCCAGAACCAUUCACUUUGCCUGAAACUGAUAUACUUGACAGCGCUACUGCUUGGUGAUGGCUUUCUAGUGUAAGUGUAUAUAGAAUAAAUGUAUUAUUGAAGCCUGUGGUUUAAAAAGCAGUAAUAUCUAACACUUAGUUACUAGUGAAAUACAGUCACCUUGAACAAAGUCAGCAGGGAUUCCUAGCCUUUAUUUGUUGUCUAAUGAAUUAACUGAUAAUUAACUUGCAAUUAUCAACAGCUUACUUUAUUUUAUAGACUGCUAAUUAUAAGAGGUUUUUUUUUCUCCUUUUAGGAGCACUGUACAGGCAUGCAUGAGCACAUGGCUCCAUUUCUUUGUGAAAGCAAUUUUAGGUGAGUUCCAGGGGCUGUAAAUCUGUUCCCACUAACCCCACUGGACUGUGAUGGGUAUGUCCUUUAAAAUAGUUCCCUUUAUCAUUUGCUCCUGAUAGCCUGCCAGAAUAACUGAAAUUCUAUUAUGUUAUCAGUGUUGUUUAGAUGUGGUUUAUAAGACAAUUUGUGAUGUUACUUUCUAUGCCUUAAAAAUUGCAUUGGUUUGACAUAUCUGCUCCGAUCGACUAGACCUGCCAACACUGUGAUGGGCUUGUACGUUUCAUAGGUGUUUAAAUGUUAGUGUUUAAAUUUUUUUGUUUGUGGAGCAAUUUUGUCAAGAGAACUAUUAAACAAGACUCGUGUAA